AUGGCGCCCCUACAACAAUGCUGUUUGGUCCAAUCCGGCAAUGGAGAGGGUCCGAUCGAGCUCCAAACUUCGCAGUCUAUACCCAAGAUCGAACAUCCGCAUGAGGUACUGAUCCGCAUUACUGCCGUCGCUCUGAACCCCUCCGACUACAAGUUCCCGAGGUAUCUCCCGUGUGUUGGAGCAGUGUUGGGGUGCGACUUCUGCGGUACUAUCGCGGAGACCCGUGCGCAAGCUACGGGUCUGAAACAAGGCGAUCGGGUCUGUGGGGCCGUCCAAGGUUGCAAUCGAGCCCGACAAGACAAUGGUGCAUUUUCUGAAUACGUAGUGGCGGACUCCAGGUUGCUCUUGCGUGUACCACAACACUGGAGUGAUCUGCAAGCGGCGGCGCUUGGUGGCGUCGGCUGGUACACCGCCGGCCUCGUCAUGUAUGACGCUUCGGGGCUGAUCGGUCGUCCAUCUCGCCCGCUCCCUGCAAGGGAAGAUGGAUCGCGUGUGCCGGUGUUGGUAUACGGCGGAGCAACUGCUACGGGCACAAUGCUCUGUCAGUUACUGUCGCUAUCCGGCUACGCGACUAUUGCUACUGCGUCGCCCUCAUCCUCUGCCAUGGUGCAGUCCUUCGGUGCGCGGUCUACCGUCCCCUAUGCUGAUUCGAAAUGUGCGGAGAGAGUUCGCGCAGUAACCAGAGGAGAGCUGCGUCACGCAGUCGAUUGCAUCGCCAGCUUCGAGUCUAUGAGCGUCUGUGCCGCUUCAUUGUGCCGUGCUGGGGGCCGCCUUGCAUGUCUCGAGGCAUAUCAGCCUGGGUGGGUCACGAAAAGAUCCGUGGGAGUCUCAUUUGUUAUGGGGCCCGAGGCACUUGGAAUGGGAGUGGAUGCCGAAGGUGAAUAUUAUCGGAACCCGGAUCCAAAAAAACUUCAGAUUACUCUGGACUUGAAGCGGGAAAUGCAAAGCAUGAUAGAUGCAGGUCGAAUCACAAGCCACCCCCCGCUGGAGUUGCAAGGCGGAUGGGACGGCAUUCGCAAUGGACUCCGAAUGCUCCAACGGCACGAAGUCCACGGACAGAAGUUAGUCGUACGACUGAAGGAUUAG